AUGUAUACUGGAAAUGCAAGUGCUCCACAAAUCUUUAUUCUCUUGGGUUUCUCCAACCAUCCUUGGUUGCAAACCCCCCUCUUCAUAAUGGUGCUUGUUGCUUAUGUCUGCACACUGGUGGGCAAUACCUUAAUUAUUGUGGCAUCCAGAGUAGAUCCUCAGCUUGACAGCCCUAUGUACUUCUUCCUUUCCAAUCUCUCCUUUUUGGACCUGUGCUUUACCACAACUACUAUCCCUCAGUUCCUGCUAAACCUUUCAAGCCCAGACAAAUCAAUCAGCUAUGGGGGGUGUGUUACCCAGUUUUAUAUGUUUCACUUUUUGGGGGCCACUGAGUGCAUCCUCUUAGCAGUUAUGUCCUUGGAUCGUUUCACUGCCAUCUGCAAGCCCUUGAGGUACUCAGCUAUCAUGCACCAGAGACUCUGCAUCCUUCUAGUGGCCGUGGCAUGGAUGAGUGGCUUGGCUAACUCCUUGCUUCAGUCAUCCCUUACUGUCCAGCUGCCACUCUGUGGUAACAAUAAAGUAGACAACUUCCUCUGUGAGGUCCCCGUGAUGAUCAAGAUGUCAUGUGCUGACACCACAUUCAAUGUAGCUAUGCUCUCUGUUGUGGGGACAUUCUAUUCCCUGGUUCCCUUGUCACUUGUCCUUGUUUCCUAUGGGUUCAUUGUAGCUACUGUGCUUAAGAUUCGCUCCUCAGAGGGAAAGAAGAAGGCCUUUCAUACAUGUGGCUCUCAUGUUAUAGUUGUGUCUCUUUUCUAUGGACCAGUGAUCAUCAUGUAUGUACAGCCUUCUGCUACUAACUCCCAGGACAAGAACAAACUCGUGUCUCUCUUCUACAGUUUGGUGACUCCUAUGCUUAACCCUUUUGUCUACACUUUGAGAAAUAAGGAUAUGAAGGGAGCCAUGAGAAGGUUCCUUAUCUCACUGUACCAUUGA